CGUCAGCACGUACACUGACGUCAGACUGCGCGUCCCCGGGAGGAACCCCUUGUUUACAGCAGAUAGACGCGUCUCCUGCAGAACUCAUGAGUGAAGAUGAAUGACGAUGCGUUCGAGGUCCCUGAGAGGACGGAGUACCGCUACCUGGUGCAGGAGGAGGAGGAGGAGGAGCAGGUGCAGUACGUCCGUCACAGAAACUACAUCAGCCCCCUGCUGGUUCUGUCCCGUCGCUGCAUCCUCCUCAUCUGCCUCGCCGUGGUCGCUCUGCUCUCCCUCGCCGUCUACCUGGGCUACGUCGCCCAGACGCUGCCUCCGGGCGUCGCCACGGUGACGAUGGGAUGCGGCGAGAUCAGGGGACGACAGAAAAAUGGCGCCUUCUCCUUUAAGGGCGUGCCCUACGCCGCCGCCCCCGUCGGUGUCCUGCGUUGGACGUCUCCGGCCUUGCCGCCGUGCCUCUCCGGGGUGACGGACGCCGGACGCUUCCGCAGCAUGUGUCCUCAGGUGCGUCCUCUGUCCGGCCGUGGUCAGGUGAUGGGUCAGGAGGACUGCCUCUACCUCAACGUGUGGACGCCAUCGCUGAGGCCGGACGCCAAGCUGCCCGUCAUGGUGUGGAUCCACGGAGGAUACCUGCACAUGCUCAGUGGAGGAGAACCCGGGUACUCGCCCACCGAGCAGCUCGCCGCCGACACGGAGACGGUCUACGUCAGCUUCAACUACAGACUCAACGCCUUCGGCUUCAUGGCUCUGGAGGUCCUGAGAGAGGGUUCUAAGACCAACACCUCAGGUAACUAUGGCUUCAUGGACCAGAUCGCCGCCCUGAAGUGGGUCCAGAGGAACAUCCACUUGUUCGGAGGAGAUCCUGAGAAGGUCACCAUAUUUGGACAAAGCUCCGGUGGGACCUCGGUGUUGGCCCUGAUGACGUCUCCGCUGGCGAAGGGUCUCUUCCGGGCGGCGGUGGACAUGAGCGGCUCGUACGUCCUGAACGCGUCUCUGGAGCGAGCCGAGUCCGACAACCUGGUGUUCCUGAAGAAGACCGGCUGCAAAGACCGGACCUGCCUCGAACGUCUGUCCAUCAGUCAGAUCCUCCAGGCCGUCCCGUGGCAGGACUACCCCGCCUGGGCCGCUGACGACUUGACAGAUCUCCCCACCAGAGGGCUCUUCACCGGCCCGGUCGCCGUGGUGGACGGUUACGUCCUGGAGGCUCCGCCUUUCGAAGUUUGGGAGAAGAAACGAGGCCACAGUGACGUUCCUUUUGUCGUCGGGACGACGGAGCAGGAGGCCGACUUCAGCCCUGCAGCUGCAAACAUCUCCAAGUGGACCUGGGAAGACUACCAGUGGUUUGUAACAGAUAAACUUCAGUCCUUCGGUGGGAAUCUCUCCAAAGAGGCGUUGGAGCUGUAUCCGAGCUCCGCCCUCUGCCCGACCACGGACCGCUGUCCGGAGAGAUCCUACACCACCAUGGCCUCCGACAUCAGGGUCACCUGCCCCAACAACGACCUGGCCUGGAGGGCUGCAGCGGCCCUCGACAGUCCCGUGUACCGCUACGUGGUGACCCACACGCCGUCCGGACCGGUCAACGUGUCCGCCGACCUGCUGCCGUUUCCCAGCCGGUUCUCCUUCCACUGUCUGGACGCGGUCACCUUCUUCGGCGGGCUGGAGUCCUUUCUGGGGAAACCUCUCUCCGAUCGGGACAAAAGCUUCCAGAACGUCAUCAAACGUCACCUCGUCCACUUCGCCAAAACAGGUAAGAUGGAGGAUGAGUGGCCAGAAUACCCAGCAGCCACUGCUCUCCUGUCUGACCGGCUGUCUGCGGUCCAGAACUACUCGUCAGCUCGAUGUCAUCUGUGGAAGAAGAACGGCCUGUACGCGUAUGCCUGGAUCAACUGACCAACCAACCAACCAACCAACCAACCAACCAACCAACCAACCGACUGACCAACAGACUCAGUUAUUCAUCACCAGAGUUCUUUUUGACAUGGAGGUGAUCUCAUGUAGCCAGACCUCCGUCUCAUCCAGCAGCCUUUUGCAAACUCUAUAAGUUUUGUUGGUUUAACGUUUUACUUGUUGUUUUUGUAUUAACAGCAGCCAUAUCUGUGUUUAAAUAUCCCCAAAUCUCCAUUAACCUCAAGGGUUAGUUCACCAAAAUGACUUAAAACCAGGCGGCAACAUCAGGGUCUGAUGAGUGAAGCCUAAGCUUCCUGUCUUAAAGCUGCAUUCUCUCUCCUGUCCACCAGGGGGCGACUCCUCUGGUUGUAUAGAAGUCUAUGAGAAAAUGACUCUACUUCUCUCUUGAUUUAUUCCCUCAGUAAACAUUGUAAACAUGAGUUUAUGGUCUCAAUCUCUAGUUUCAGGUCUUCUUAACCUCCAGGUUUUCAGAUGUCUGUCUUCACACCACUACAAUGAAAGUUAUGUCUAAAAUAAUGAUGUGAUAGAAGCAACAGAAAUGUGUCUUGUAAAAUGUACAUCAAACUGGGAGUUUGUUUAAAGGGAAACUUUCAACCUGGAUGUUUUUGUGUCAAAGUCACUUCAAGAAAUUGAGUGAGAGAGCUGCAGUCACUGUAAUCACUCGGGGCAACUCGUCACUUGUUGUGGACGGACAUUAGUCACUAAGUCAAUAAGGAAAGAAUCCAGGUUGAAAUAUAGAAGUUACUCUUUAACAGUGGGAGGAGCUUGAAGGAAACAUUUAGACCAAAGUUAUUAAUAUUGUGCUUAACAAUCAGGGUUAUGAGGGAAAGAAGAAUAGUUAUUGUUUGUGUCAGGUCAGUGUGAAAUGUGAGGAAAGUGAAGUUACAGUCUUUUUGAUUUGAUUAUCUAUAGAAAACUGCCAUGGCUGAAUAUUUAGAAUAUUUUGACAAUGUGGAUGUGACGCAAGAUUUCAGAACGAGACUUCUCACAGUGAGUCUUGGUUGGAAACAAAAAGCGAAAGGUAAUGAAAAACAUUUUCUCUCUCAGUGGGGUCCUUUCUAUAAUGUUGUUUUUCAUCAUGACAGGCUCAGAUUAUAAUUAUAAGUGUCUGAAAAAAGUUUCGCUCAAGGAUAAGUCUCCUUCAGAAAUCUUGCGAUGUGACGUGUUUCCAGAAGACAAUGGUGGAAAUGGUAGAGGCAGAGUUUGUUGUGUUUUUAUUAAAGAAAGAGUAUCUCAGUGUUAUCUAAAAGAUUUGGAUUUGGACAAUAUGGAUUUGAUGUAAGACUUCUCAAAAUGAGUCUAGGUUGGAAACAAACGAAAGGUAAAGAAAAACGUUUUAUUUCUCAGUAUGGUCAUUUCCAUACUGUUGUUUUUGCCAAGACAGAAUCGGAUUGUUAUUAUAAGUGCCUGACAAACUUAAGGAAAGUGUCUCGCUCUAGAAGUCUCCUUCUAAAGUCUUGCGAUGUGACGGGUUUUCGGAAGACAACAGUGGAAACGCGAAAAAGAGAUUUUGUACAGAAAGUGUAUCUCAGUGUUUUCUAAAAGAUUUUCACUAUCAGUGCUGAAUGUUUGUAAAGCAAGAUAAUCAACAUCAAUGUAAAAAUUAACAAAAACAUUAACAACAUAAUCCGCUCAGUUUCCUGCCACGUAGAGUUGCCGUUGGUAGAAGAUUGUAGAGAGAAAGGAACGAGAGAAAAGUGUGAAAGAUGGAUUUAAUUUUGUGUGUUUUAUUGUAACCUGUGAACGUGUCAAACAGUCAGUUUGUUUUGUGAACUUGUGAAGUCCUGUGUUUGAACUGAUUCUUAACCUCGAUGCUUUACCACUUAAACUUUUGCACUUGUUACUUUAAUAUGAAUAUUUCUUUGCACUCACAGUUUUAGUUGUUUCAACCAAAGUUUUUCAGUUGAUAACCUUUUUUGUUCCAGAUAUUUAGUGGAUCAGUUGAGUUUGAAUACAGUAAUGUACAUUAAUCUGUCUGAACUAAAUCUAAAUCACAGUCACUGGUCACCAUGUGGUGGUUUUUAACCACUUUCUAACCUUUGUAUUGCUUUUUUAAUGCUUUUAAAACAGUAGUUAUUCUUGCAGCAUCAUGCUUGGUUGUGUUUUGAUGCAGAGACUUUGUCACUUUUUAUAUGCUCAAUAAAUUGCCACCACAUCACUGA